GCCCCCUUAAGAAACUCCCAUAGACGGUGGCGCCAGAUUACCCUCUAGGUGUUAUAGUGAGAAACUCUAUGGUCGGAGCAUCGCUAGUAUUACAACACCGCUGCGCUAACGUGGGUGCCCGAAAGAUAUUUUCGCUAACACCACCAGAAGAAUGACCAGUUCUGCAUCGAGUGCUCGUGGCCUCUUCGUGGAGUCGAAGGAGCGCCUUUGUGAUCGCAUACAAGUGAAUGUGAACAGCGUUGGGUCACUAGCGAGGCAGGUAGUCAAAGGAUCUAAAAGCAGUGAGACACUGAUGCAUACUGCGAGAAACUUCGCAUUACAAGAGCACGCUUUGCACAACUCCGAAGUGAACCUGUGCAAGAUGCAAAACCUCGUCACCAACUUGCAACUUCAGGCGGAUGCAAUACAAAAGUGCGCCCAGCACAUCGAAGUUGUUAAGGAAAAACUUCACCAGAUGCAGUGCUGAUGAAAACUACAGAGCCAAGAAAAUAAAAGUUCCAGAUUUUA